AUUGGACUCAUAUCUCCGUUCUCCGAGGAGUAUAUUUUUUCCGCUAAAAAGAAGUAAGGGGAAGCCCAGUAUGGUGAGCGUCCGAGCGAUUUUGAUGGUGGGAUGAAUGAUCCGCUCGCGCGGCGGGGACGUGGUGUCAUGGACGAAGCGCGUCUCGGCGCUGGCGCGGAGCGGCCGCGCGGCGGAGGCGGUCGCGGCGUUCUCCCGGAUGGACGCGGCGCCGAACGCGCUGACGCUCGCGAGCGUGCUCCCGGCGUGCGCGGCCCUGCGGAGCCUCGGCGCGGGGCGGGCCGUCCACGGGUUCUGGCUCCGCCGCGGGGGCGCGCCCGGCGCGAACCUCAUCGUGGACAACGCCGUGCUGGACGUGUACGCCAAGUGCGGGGCGCUGGGCAGCGCGCGCCGCCUGUUCGACGGAAUGCCGGAGCGGGACGUGCGCUCCUGGACCGCGAUGGUGUGGGGGCUCGCGAGGGGCGGCAGCCCCCACGACGCCGUGGGGAUGUUCCGGGCGAUGCUCUCGGACGGCGGCGGCGGCGGGGCCGCGCCGAACGAGGCCACCGUCGUCAGCGUCCUGCACGCCGUGGCGCGCACGGGCUCGCUGGCCUGCGGCGAGGCGCUGCACUCGUACGCGCUCAAGCGAGGCCUCGCCGGCGAGCAGGUCGUCGGCAACGCGUUGAUCAACGCCUACGCCAAGUGCGGGGACGCCCGGAUGGCGUUCAGGGCGUUCGGCGAGCUCCCGGAGAAAGACCUGGUAUCCUGGGGUACCGUCACCAUGGCCAUGGCCAUGAACGGCCGGUGCAGCGAGGCGCUGCUGCUGCUCUCGCUGAUGCUGCGCCGCGGGGUACGGCCGGACGGCGCGGUGUUCCUGGCGCUGCUCUCUGCUUGCUGCCACGCCGGGCUGGCAGACCAGGCGCUGCUGUUCCUGGACGCCAUGACAAGAGUGUACGGGAUCGCGCCGGGGAAAGAGCACUACACGUGCGCGCUCGACGCGUGCCGCCGAGCCGGGCGGCUUGACAAGUUCGAGGAAAUUGUAAGCCAGAUGCCGGUGGAAUACGACCAGCAGGUGCUUGGAGUGUAUUACGCCUCUGCAAGUGAGUGGCGAGCCAGAGGCGUUGCCGGCGUCGGAGGUGAGCAGCUCUGGGAGCGGUUUCUCGGCGGAGAAGUGGACGCCGGCGGGGGCAUGUACACGCUCAUGUCCAAGUCGCUGGCUGAUGCAGGGAGAUGGGAGGAUGCAUGUGCUGUCAGGGAGAGGAUGAUUGCAAAAAGGAUAGAGAAGGAUGUUGCAUGUACUUGGAGUUAUUAAGUAUAGCACAAAUGUUCGGAUGACCAUCACAAACACAAUUUACUUUCGAUGAAGCUAGAUAAAAAAACAUAUGCGAAGUUUCAUAGACAAUUCCAGAUCGAUAUGUUUCAUAGACAAAUUACCUUCGAUGAUGAAAGAUUGAAUGAUGA